AUGGAUUUUGGCAUUCUGAGUUUUAAUGUAACAACUCCCCUAGCAGUUCAAGGGUUGAGAGUUGUGUAUUUAGACAGAAUCUCCACCAAGGCUAGGCAAAACAAAGACUGGGACUUUGACAUCAAGGGAUAUUUUCCUGAUAAAGAUUGUAGGAUUGUCGAUUCAAGAGGCAACACAAUGUCACAGUUGUUUAUUGAUCACCAUGAAACACGGAUAGGGGUGAAGAAGGAGUUGAUGGCAAGCAAGGAUCUCUACCAUGUUGUGGUGACCCCAGACAUGGAUCAAGCUUUUGUUACUGGGGUCAUUACCAUUCUUGAUUACAUAUAUGUUGAAUCCACUAGGCUCCAGCUGAAGGAUUUUAUCCGAUACGGAUGUGUUUCCAAAGCUUCGUAUGCUUUCAUCCACAACCAAGACUUCAUCAAACUGCAUCUCGAACGCUCCAUCAAAACCAACUCUACUGGCACCAUUUUACUCCACACUACUCCCUCAUAUUUCUUUUCGUUGCCUUUUGACAACGAUGAGAAGCUCGGGACAGCCACGGUAGUCAGGUUUUCGAUUCCGUCAAAAGACCCAGUAAGGGAAACUACUGUGACAGUGGGCCAUGCCAAUGGUCUGGUUUGCAUACGCAACUCUAUCGAUGAGGAUAUGUCUUAUAUUGCUUUGUGGAACCCGUCAAUUCAAAAGCUGAAGAAAAUUCCCACUAGAACACAUGAACCGCGUGCACAGCCAUCCCUAAAAUCAGAGAUGUUGAAUAUAUAUGGAUUCGGGUACGAUUCAACCAAUGACGACUAUAAAAUAGUGGGGAUUAUUAGGAAGCCUGCUAAUGAGUAUGAAGUCAGUGUUUAUAGCCUAAAAGCCAACUCAUGGAAAAGGAUCCAGAACAUGCCUUGCAGUGGUUUUUCGUUAGAGUCAUAUAGCAUGGUGUUUUCAAAAGGCGCUCUAAGUUGGCUUAUGUGGAAAAAGUUUCACCAUGAACAUCAGUACAUGAUCGUAGGCGUAACCCUUGAUCUUGCCAGUGAGAAAUAUCAGGAGUUUCCCAUCCCAAUGGAUAGGAUUGAUGAAAUUGAAACUUCUAUGCUGGAAUUGGAUGUCUUGGGAGACUAUCUAUGUUUUUGUGUUAAUCGUUUCAUGAAUCGAUGUGAGGCUUGGAUUAUGAAGGAAUAUGGAGUGACAGAAUCUUGGAGCCUGCUUUAUUCUAUUGACAUGCUUUAUUAUACUCUGGAGUUUCAGACCUACAAACCUUUGGUGUUUUCAAAGAAUGGCAAAACGGUUCUUUUGAAGAUGAGCAAAAAUUUCAAGUCCGAUAGUCUUGUUUGGUAUGAUUUAGAGAAAAAGAGUUUCAAACAAGUUGAAAUUAGUGGGCUGCCCGGUCUAUUCAAACCAACCAUUUGCUGGGGGAGCCUUUGUCUUCUUGAUGGCGAUCCUGUUAUUGUUUAG